AUGUUGGGAAAUUGGUUCAUAAUCGAGUACUACGCUAGUUCAGAAGAGGCUUUAUCCUAUAGAUGCAUGAGAGCAGAAUUCAGCAUGCCAACACAAGAAAAUGUCAAUAUGAACUUCACUUAUAGUUUCACUGAUGAUCCCAUGAAUGAAUUACUCAUUGGAAACAUAUCAUGGGUUAUUCCUAACCCUGCAGUCCCAGCACAUUGGACACAUUCUGAAGAUACCUAUGAAGGAGUAUAUAACACGUAUGUCUUGGAUUCAGAUUAUACAUCUUGGGCGUUACUCAUGCAUUGUGCUGAGAAGUCAAAAGUGCCUAGGUAUUUAUCAAGUUUUGUAAUGAGCAGGGAGCCUUCACUUGGGAAAAAUGUUGUAUCAUACUUGAGAGAUAAACUUCCCAGAUAUGAUAUAGAUCUGUCUUACAUGUUUGACAUGCAACAAAACGACUGUAAUUCAACAACUGAUCUUCCACCUUCUCUUUUGCUGAACAGACCAUCUUUAACAAGCAGAAGACAUCCCAUGAAACACAUUCACUGAAAUUGAAUUCAGUCCUGAAAAAAUACUGUUUGUUCUGUAAUCAAAGCCACAAGGAAAAUAAAAAAUUCUACCCAAUUUCAUAUGUUGACAUUA